AUGCUGUCUCUUUUAGUUUUAUUUGCAGUAUUAGGCGAUAUUACUAUGAGUGCAAAAAGUGUCUGUGAAUGUACGGUUCUCUCAGACAAACUCUACACAAGCAAUUGUGUUGAUGAAAAAGGCGAAAAAGUCCCGUCAAACGCCGCUUGUGUUUACACGAUAUCGACGCCAAUUGACGCCCCAAUUGAGUUAGAAAAUGUCGACGAAUUGCGUGUGAAAGUUCCAUCACGAUUUAAUGUCCGCGACGUCGUUAUCAAUAAAUUAGUCAUCGAGGACUUGGCAGUCUUCACACGAACAUCUCCCGAAUCGAAACUCCAAAUCAACCAAUUAGUCGCUUCAAAGGCAAAAACAGUCACCUUUUCUACAGACACAUUUGUGUUGUCAUCUGAUGGAUUUGUUGAUGUUAUAGUGAGUGGGGGGUCGAAGGUGUUAUUUAGUGGGCAGAUCAAUCGACUGACCACCGAUGGGAGUUUCUCGUGUGUGUUAUGUAAGGUCAACGAACUUGAAGUCCAAGGCCCGACGGAGAUUACAAUGAACGAAGUCGAUCUCAAAAAAGUCAUAUUGAAAACUUCAAACUUCCAUUUGUUCUCGCCACAACUGACUAAAUUAGAUAUCAAAGAGUUGAUUGUCGACAUGAAGUCAGACUACUUGCAAACACUUUCGUUGAUCCACUCGGCUUCUGUUAUACCAGAAGAUAUGAUUAAGACUCUUAAAGUCGUUGACACUAAAAACAACGUCAUCAAAGGAACUAUUAAAAGAAAGUGCCAAGGGUAUGAGGUCUUUUUUGUCACUAAUAGUAACAACGAAGUCAUCUGCCACCCUAUCACAUGUGUUUAUAAGUUCAAGGGAUUCAAUAUGAAGUCGUGUCCUAUGGCAGAAAGGAAUGUCGGCGAUUCACUGAUACCAGCAAAUAUGAUCAUUGAAGAACCAAUUUGGGACGACAAGUGGAGUGCGUUGAAGUACACCAAUGUCAUUUUUAAGACGCAAGGAAAAGGACUGAAUCUCCAAAAAAAAGAAAUCAAAACGGAAACAUUAACCUUUGAGACUGGGAAGUACUCACUUGAGAACGCACAAUACAAUGGAAUUGUAGUGAAGAGUGGAGUCGUUUUAAAUAUGACAAAUGUCAUUGUUGACAGAUUUGAAAGUAAAGAAGCUCAACUUGUGAUCGACGAAGUCAUUGUAGUGUCUCUCCUCGAUUUUAAGGCGAACACAGUGACUAUGACUGGAAACUUGAACUUUGGCAGCGCACAGUCGAAAGAAGUUGUCAAAGCGUUUUUUGAUAAAGACGAGGUCGACACUGAUAAGGGAAAGUUUCUGAUGCAGAAGAAGACUGAUUUCUUUGUUGAAGAAAUCAGUAUCAUGUCUUCUGUGUUCCCAGUGAUUGAAGACUUUGGGAAAGGAAAAAUGUACUUUGAAGAAGGCGUCUAUGUUACGGCAAAGAAUAGAGAAGGGGAUGGGUGUGUGAUGUUAGCCGAUUCCAAUCAAGUUGAUGCAAUCACAUUGAAAGGGACCAAUUUGGUAUUGGACCAAAACCACAUCUCAGCAUAUUGGUGUAGUGAUGCGCAAGACAUUCCUCCUUCUUUUAUUACAUGUGACAUGAAACGUUCAUAUAAGAAGAAUGGCGUGUAUACCAUUGGGUCGGAGACUAUUAAGAAUGCUGGAUGUGAGGAAAGCGACGAACAAAUAGUGAGCUACGUGUUUGAAGAGGACGACGUUGUUGUGAAUUUUGAGGCCCGUCGGGUUGGGCGAGUCGAAGCGAAAAAGAUCACCUUUAAGACUCAGUUGGAGCAAGUGGAGUUGGACGAAAUCAACGCAAAAGAAAUUACAUUUGACGGGAACUUCUUCAGCAGUUUGAUAAGUAUCCAAGAGAAAGGCAAGUGUAAUAUCAAAGGCAUAGUUUCUUUUGAUAAAAUUUUAUGCCAAACUGAAAAGACUGAAAUUACAGUAGAGGAAGGGUCUUUCUUAGAGAGCACUGGCGAUGUCGUCGACUCAUUGAAGAUCGUUUUAAAGAGUAAAGCUGCGUUCCAUGGGUAUGGGAGAGAGUAUGGCUUUGAUAUCUCUAACACUGAUUUUGAUAUAGCGAAUGACGCUAUAGUCAAAGUGAAUUCGGAGUGUGAUAUGAAUAACGUGAAUAUCAAAUUAGGGUUGUUGAAUCAACAUGCUGUGAACUUGUACAGUGGGUCUUUGAAGAACGUGAAUGUUUUCUUAGUUAUUCCGAAUAGUGCAGUUCUCAGAGCAACAAAGAAGAACCCACAAUAUCUUGUGUACUCUGAAAAGGGUAUUACAAUUGAAAACUUUAAUACGUACAUCUCCGAAGGUAUUGUGCAAGAGGCAACAGAAACUACCGUUGCAUGCAAUGGGCAUUGGAUCCUUGCAAAUCUGAAAACUUCAAAAGCUAAGUGUAUAAGUAAAGGUAUUAAUAUCAGAGGAAAAGAUACAUUCACAGAACCAGAAAGAUGGAGUCGAAAGAAAACGACGUUCAAAUGGACGUACAUAAUAGUUGCUGUACCAGUCCUUGCGGCUGUUGUCUUCAUCAUUUACUCGUUUUGCAAGACGUCGAAGACUUCGACUGGUCAAAAGACUAAGAAUAUACUGGAGGAUUAA